AUGACAUCGUCUUCAGAAGAUCCCCUGACUGUCGAAACGAGUCCCCUACUAGCCCAAGACAAUGGGUCAAAAAAGGGUACUCCUUUAACAAGUAGGGAAAUUACAUCAGAGGGGAUGGAAUACGCUGUCGAACAAACCGGGAUUACGGUAUUGGAGCAUGCGAUCGCUGAAGAUGCGACAGAGAACGAGGAUGAAGAAGGUUCAGAAGAACUUGCUUGGAUGCGUGAAGCGAGAUCACGUCAUGCUAGUCAGAGUUGGUAUAAAAGGCCGGGCCUAUCUAUUUUAUGUUUGGCAUUGAUUCUAGCUGCUCUUGCCGAUACUCUAAUCAUCUCUCCAAAUAUUGUUCUAAUAAUAAGAAAGAUAUGUGAAGGAACUGCUGUUGAAGGUGAUACAGAAGUUGACAUGGCCAACUGUGACAUGGCACAAGUACAAGAAUUAUUAUCUGGAUUGCAAUCAGUAAUUAUGAUCCUAUCAGGCAUCAUUGGUACCCUAACUUCUGGUAAACUGGGAGAGCUAUCAGAUCGUUUUGGGAGAAUUCGCAUUUUUCAGUAUAUGGCAAUUGUAAGGAUCCUUGCCAUCACAGCAGUUGGAUAUGCCGUCCUUCCUAGUACACCUUACAACAAGUAUUUGAUCAUUACAGCCAACUGUGUCACGUCGUUCGCUAGUGUUAUUACGUUAAUUGCAAAUGGUGGUAGCUACAUCAGCGAUAUAAUCGAGCCAGAGGGCAGGACGCUAGCAAUUAGUAUUUUGAUGAGUACCAUUUACGGUUCCAUGGGGGUAGGACCUCUCGUUGGCUCUUUGGUCAUCAAAUUGUCCGGAGGAAAUACCUAUACACCGUUUUUGCUUGCUUACGUAGCUGCGUUUGCUUUCUUGGCACUUUGUUCUCUGCUUAUGAUAGAGCCCAGACAUGCCAAUGCACUCAAGAAGUCGCAAUCACGCUUUUUGAAAAGGAAACAAAGUAUGGCAAGUUUAAGAUCGAGUGAAUCCGCCGCUUCUGUCGGGUUUGGAAAAUAUCAAUUGAUUAAGUUCCUGGACUUUUUUUCACCUCUCAAGAAAUUAUGGAUGGAGCCAACUGUAGCGGGCUCACUUGUCCCUCGCUACACCGUUGUACUGCUCAUAGUAAUGGAUGUGCUGUUCCUUUCCUCCACUGCGGCUUCAAUGCCUGCACUUGUGCUAUACUCGACCUACGUUUAUAAGUGGGACAGUGUUAUGCUUGGGUAUUUCAUUUCAUUUUCAGGGGUAGGUCGUGCCCUUGUUCUUUUGGUUAUUUCGCCAGUUUUACUACAUUAUCUCAAGAAAAUCUAUCAGCCGCUCAAAGGCUCAAUCGACGAGAUUGACAUUACUUCUUUACGCGGAUCUCUCUUUUUCGUCGCUUUGUCAAUUGUCUUAGCAAUGCUUAUCAACAAUAAAGAGGGCAACGGCCUCCUCGUCUUCGCUUUUUUUCAAGCGCUGAGUGCUAUCUUUUCACCUACAUUACAGGCAUCGGUCGUGAAGUACUGUUCGCGAUCGGCUACGGGCGAGGUUUUCGGUGCGAUUGCUCUCAUCAGAACAUUCGUAAUGCUAGUAUGUCCACCUAUUUUGCUAGGCAUCUACGGAAAUACUGUUUCCUCUAAACCCAAAACAUUCAUGAUCGUGCCUCUUGCUUUGAGCAUCACUGCAAUUAUUAUAAGCCUGUUUUUGAGAAUUGUUAGGGACCCUGAAUUAUUACGCAGACCAUCUCAGGUCUCCUUGCCUCAGCAACACGAUAGGCGUGCAUCUACUUCACAGUCUUUAAGGUUACCAGCCUCUAAAUAG